CGCCGCAAGAUGGCGGCGGCCGGUGAGGAGACGGAGGCGACGGACUGGGCGCUGCCGCCGGAGGUGGAGGUGUUGGAGUCCAUCUACCUGGAGGAGCUGCGGGUAGUGCGCGGGCAAGACAGGUGCGAGGCCUGGGAGCUCAGCAUCACCCUGCAUCCCGCCACCGCGCAGGACCAGGACUCCCAGUAUGUCCGUUUCACGCUGGUGCUCGCUGUGCCCCCACAGUAUCCUAACAAAGCUCCAGAAAUCUCAAUCAAGAACCCACGGGGUCUGUCAGAUGAGCAAAUUCAAAAAAUUUUCCAGACCCUCAGAGGCAUUGCUGAAGCCAGGCUCGGGACAGAGGUGCUCUAUGAACUGAUUGAGAAGGGGAAGGAAAUUCUUACUGACAACAACAUUCCUCAUGGCCAGUGUGUGAUCUGUCUCUAUGGAUUCCAGGAGAGAGAAGCCUUCACAAAGACCCAAUGCUACCACUACUUCCAUUCCCACUGCCUGGCCCGCUAUGCCCAGCACAUGGAGGAAGAGAUCCUUAUGCUGCAGGAAGAGAGAGAGCAGCACCUGGCACUAUCCCCCAAACAGGAAGUCUGCGUGCAAUGCCCUGUGUGCCGGGAGACCCUGAUCUAUGAUCUCAGUGCUCUGAAGGCAGCACCACCACCACAGCACCCGCUGGAGCCAUACAGGCCCGAUGCCAAGACACUACAGCACAAGGAAGAACUGCGCUUAAUUUUCAAGAGACAGCAAGAGAAAGGGGGCAUCAUUGACCCUGAAGCAGAGAGAAACCGUUACUUCAUCAGCCUCCAGGCGCCUCCAGCUGCUGUCAAUGCAGGCCAAGCAUGUGCUGCCCCUGAGCUGCCAGUGAGUGCAAGCACUGUGGAUGUGCCCCAGCCACCCAGCCACGCCUCUGCUACAGAGCCAGCUGUGGUACCAGAGGGCAGGGCAGAACCCAGGCGGCCUGGGAAGCCUGCUGUGCCCAGAGAGCAACAAAGCAAGAGGGAGAGGCACAGAGGGGAGAGGCCGGGCCCCAGAGGCCAGGGGAGGCAGUCAUGCAGUGGUGCGCAGGAACCAACAGAAGAAGCAGGUCAUUCGCUCCAUGGCUCCAGGGGGCCCAGGAGCUUCAGCCACAGACCAGAGCGGCGACCUAGUGGGAAGCACAGCCAGGAGUUAACAAAGUCUCACAGCAGAAGCAGGGCUGCUGCCUUGGGUGAAAGAAAGGAAUCAUGCCCUGAAGGCCCCUCACCAGUAGCAGAGGCAGUGGACUUGAAAGAAGAGCACCAUGAUGCAGAAAGGUGGACCCCAGAGGAGGGGACCGAGGCCCGGGCCAGGGAAAAGAAGAAACUGGUGUUCGACCACAGAGCAGCUCCCAGCUGGCAGGGCCACCACAGGUCCUGGGAUUGUGGGAGGUGGGAGAGGUCCAGAACCCAGGAGCAUGGUUCCUACCCCAGAGUGCCAAGAGGACAAGGGACAUUCAGGCCCAGUGGACGACAAGCAUCCCAUCUUGAGAAGGAGAGUGGCUCCUAGCAGUAGUGGUGAGGAACUGGGCCUUGGGGGUGGGGGCAGUAUUUCUGGAAAGAACAGUGAAGUUUUGGUGGAGCAGUAACAAGCAGACACUAUACUUCCUGGGACAAGGAAGAGGCAGUUAGCAUAUGGUACAGCUUGGGACAGGCAGUGUCCCUAUGGUAUGUGCAGAGUGAAGCAUCCUGGCAUGAGCUGUCACCAGCACUGGAGAAGUUGAAUCCUGACAAAUUGUAUCAGCCUUGGUCUUGGAGGACCCAGGGGACAGAGGAAGCCUUGACUAUGUGCAGCCAUUAUCCCUGUAUGUGAGCUGUCUAGAAACAUGCUACAGAUCAAAUGUGCUAAGCCCAGCUCAAUGCCACAGCAGAGCCAGAGUUGUGGCAGGACCUUCCCUGGAAGCCUGAGUCCCAGCAGAGGUGCAGUGGUGCCAAGUGAUAAACUGUGCCAGGGCAGCAGCCUGGAGCUCAGCUUUCUGUGUCCCUCAUUCCUUCCUAGAGCACCUUCUGAGCUGCUGUCCCUUGGUGAUAGUGUCGCUUCUUCAGCAGCCAGACUGCUGUUCAGCUGCUUUUGUGCAGGCAGAAGCUGAUGGGAGAGACCCGGGAAGAGCCCUCUGCUUUGCAACCUCUCUGUUGGGAUCCCCCUCUAAUGCCAGGCUGCUCUUGGAGCUCAUCAUAGUUUAGAGCGAAGAUGUGCCACGUUUUGGAUGCUUCUUCAUCUUCAAGCUGACCCUGCUUCAAAGAAAUGGGGAUUUGCUGUCUAAACUUGGUGCAGUUCCUUCUGCUGCACAGAUUUCAACAAUGUCAGACUCCAGAGCUGUGACAGGCAAUCCCAAGCCUCUUUAAGUGGGACACUGCUAUUAAAUUCUGUUUCUUCUUUUCCAGAGCCUGCUCCCUUUGUUUUCCCUGCCCUCUCUCCCUCCUGGUCUUUGCUGUUCAGAGCAAAGGUGUGAUCUUUGGUGUUGCUCACUGCCCUCCCUGCUGCCUACACCUGGGGCCAGGGCAGGGACCUUCCCCUGGGACUCCUGGGUGACUGGAGGUCUGCAUGGUCUCUGCUUUGCCUGGCUCGCUGUAAGCUCUCUGGCUCACAGUACUGAUUCCUUCAGUUGUUUGUGCCUUGUGCCCCCACCACUCUUGGCCAUACGUGGGUUGUUACUGUCUUCUUCCUCCUGCUGAGUGCAAAAUUGGCCAUGCUACAAUGUGUGUGCCGGUGCUUUGGGUGAGAUCCCUGGGAAACCAAGGGCAGAUGCCAGCUGGGAGGGCAUUUGCCUGGCUGAUCCUUUGGCACAUAAAGGGUGCACAAUGGCAUCCUUGGAUGGGUCUUCCUCACCCUGCCCUGUUCUCCACACCUGGCCUUGUCCUUGUGCUGCUGCUCAAGAACCUUCUGUGCUUAAAUUUCCAGCACUAGCCUCUCUUCAACCCUGGUGCUCUAAAAGCAUUAUUUUUUAAUUCCCCUCCUUGUCCUGAGCCUACACUGCUUGUCCUGGGCUUGGGGAUCUCAGCACCAGAUGUGCCCUGCUGGAAACAAGGACUGAGCCCUCACUCCUUGAAGAGAGCCUUGAUUUUGCUUCAGUGCUCACUCUGUCCUUGUUUCUCCUGGUUUCUGGGUGAGUGCCCUGUCCACACUUGGGUGAAAAGGUGUCAACUUUAUCUGAUGUUGGUACUUGUGCUGCUCCCUCCUGCCUUCACCUGUGAAGAUGCUGUGCUCCAACAGAGGCGUACUGGAAGAAACAUGGAAGAUCUCUGCUCUUUGCUGAAACUCCUUGGCUUCCUCCAGUGAGCCAGCCUUACUCUCAGAAGGAAAGCUGCUGGUCCCAGUGUUUGGAGCAUGGGAAUUCUGCCUUGGAACUUAAGAGUGAACAAGGAUUUGGGUAACUUCAGUCAAAUGCCAGAGGGGAAAGGUUUUUUUUUCCCUCGGACUUAGGAAAGGCUUUCACCUUUCUGACUCACUGCUGUGAGCCUGGAGGAGAGGACAGUUUGCAAGAGUGCAUGGAAAUGAAUCUGGAUAAACAAGCCUUGGGGUUGGGCUGGAGGGGAGGAAUGGAGCCUGCACCCUGCCCUGGGACUUACUGCUUGGUGUCCACCUCUAUCACCCACCUACCUCACAGAGCUGCUGUGGGGCUUUGCUGAUGAAAGUAUAUGGGCCGGGCAGAAGUGCACGAGUGGCAUCUGUAGCACUACCACUAUUAAAAGCAAGCAGAG